GCCGCCGCCGACUGGCGGGCCCGGUGGGCUCCUAGUCAGCUCACUGCCUUCACCAAUCACAGGGCGCGGCUCACGAAAUCUACUUCCGAUUGGUAGUCUGUGACCUCACGUCACCUGGGGGCGGUGCUUCAGGCAGACACUUAGGGCGCUGCUGGAGGUCGUGAAUCAACCGCCACGAUCCCGCACGCAGAGUGUUACUCAGCAUAUGGGCAAGGAUUGAUCAGACCUUGGGGGACUUCUGAACCUGGACAUUUUGAGAGCCACUUUUGAGAAAGACAACAUCAUUCUAUUGUGAAACCUGUGGCCCAGAGGUCAAAGAACCUGCGGUGGGCAAUCAGGCACUGAGAAAGCUACCAAGGUUGCCUGCUCUAGUCAACACUUGAGCCCUGGUGGGGGUCUAGCUUUCUGGAAGGAUCUGAGCCUCUCCUCCUUCCCUCAGAUCCUGAUGGCUUCAAAGUCCCAGCACAACGCUUCCAAAGCCAAGAAUCACAACGUCAAGGCUGAAUCUCAAGGACAAUGGGGCCGUGCCUGGGAAGUGGACUGGUUCUCCCUGGUCAGCGUCAUUUUCCUGCUGCUCUUCGCACCGUUCAUUGUGUACUACUUCAUCAUGGCAUGUGACCAGUACAGCUGCUCGCUGACUGCCCCCAUAUUGGACGUAGCUACAGGCCGUGCGAGUCUGGCAGACAUCUGGGCCAAGACACCGCCUGUGACAGCUAAGGCUGCCCAACUGUAUGCCUUGUGGGUCAGCUUCCAGGUGCUGCUUUACUCCUGGCUUCCUGACUUCUGCCACAGAUUUCUGCCAGGUUAUGUGGGAGGCGUCCAAGAAGGUGCCAUAACUCCGGCAGGGGUUGUAAAUAAGUAUGAGGUGAAUGGGCUGCAAGCCUGGCUCAUUACCCACUUCCUCUGGUUUGUGAACGCUUACGUCCUAUCCUGGUUCUCCCCCACCAUCAUCUUUGACAACUGGAUCCCGUUGCUAUGGUGUGCCAACAUCCUGGGCUACGCUGUGUCCACCUUUGCAAUGAUCAAGGGGUACCUGUUCCCCACCAGCGCCGAAGACUGCAAAUUCACAGGCAAUUUCUUCUACAACUACAUGAUGGGGAUUGAGUUCAACCCCCGCAUCGGAAAGUGGUUUGACUUCAAGCUGUUCUUCAAUGGGCGCCCGGGGAUUGUGGCCUGGACUCUUAUCAACCUGUCCUUUGCUGCCAAGCAGCAGGAACUUUAUGGCCAUGUGACCAACUCCAUGAUUUUGGUCAAUGUCUUACAGGCCAUCUAUGUGUUAGACUUCUUCUGGAACGAAACCUGGUACCUGAAGACCAUUGACAUCUGCCAUGACCACUUUGGAUGGUACCUGGGCUGGGGAGAUUGCGUGUGGCUGCCCUACCUCUACACACUGCAGGGCCUGUACUUGGUGUACCACCCUGUACAGCUCUCCACCCCCAACGCCUUGGGCGUCCUGCUGCUCGGCCUGGUGGGUUACUAUAUCUUCCGAAUGACCAACCAUCAGAAGGACCUGUUCCGCCGGACAGAUGGACACUGCCUCAUCUGGGGUAAGAAACCCAAGGCCAUCGAGUGCUCCUACACAUCAGCCGACGGGCUGAAGCACCGCAGCAAGCUGUUGGUUUCAGGCUUCUGGGGUGUGGCCCGCCACUUCAACUAUACCGGCGACCUGAUGGGCAGCCUCGCCUACUGCCUGGCUUGUGGCGGCGGCCACCUCCUCCCCUACUUCUACAUCAUCUAUAUGACUAUCCUGCUUACCCACCGCUGCCUCCGUGAUGAGCACCGCUGUGCCAACAAGUAUGGCCGUGACUGGGAGCGCUACGUAGCCGCUGUGCCCUACCGCCUGCUGCCUGGGAUCUUCUGAAGGCCACCCUGGCAAGCAGAAAGAGGCGUCAUUGAAUGUGUGGAGUUGGGUGCAUGGGGGCCAGCAUCCGGCUUUCCCCUGCAGGGGCCUCCUUGGUUUGCUCUUCUGGAGGAUGGAGAGCCAGGCGCCCCACAGUGUCUGGCUGGUGGCAGCUAGAGCUGAGUUCACACUGAUGCCCCAGCAGAAUGACUGGUUCUCCCUGUUCAGCAUCCUGAGGGCAGAGGACCUUGGCCCUUUCAUGUCUGUUGGAAGCCCACCAUCUAUGUUGUCUAGAUAGCUUAGGCUUACCAGGUGUCUCCCAGGAUUGGGCCAUCCUGGUAAACUGGAGACAAUGUAGGAUCUAAAGAGUUGGGCAGUGUCACCUUCACUCCCACCUGCAAUGGUGGGCUGGACCCCUUUUUCUGUCUGUAGCGUGAUCAGCAGCGGGUUCAGGGGCCAUUGAAGGAGGAAGGCUCUUUGUUUAGGUUCUUUACUGUUUUUACCCGAGGAAUGCCAAGCAGCGGACUGGAAUAUCCCACUCUGCACAUCCCUGGCUAACUUGAUAAAGUCUGUCUGACAUAUGAGAUGGGGUUCCCAGAACUCCCCAAGUACCCCAGCUAGCAGCUCAUCCAUCUCCCCUCUUCCGGAAGGUGCUUCUUGUUUGCCCCUGAGUCUUGGCUCAGAGGUGAACAGACUUGGCUCUGACAACCCAGAAUGUAUCACCAGUUAGUGGCCUCAGCCAAACCUUCCCCAACAGGAGACCCAGCAUUGGGGAAGGAAUCCAUUCUCAUUAGUGACACUGCCCCCCAAAACUCAGGGUUAUUUUGUAAAACUAGAUAGGCUCAUCUUAGCCUUGCAAGCGGUUCUUUGUAUUAAAUCUGCCUUGUUAAAUGAG